UCACCCGUGGGUGCAUCCCGAAGCGCGUGUUAGCUCUGUCCCAGACGAGUCUCUUAGGAGCUCCGAAGAACCGAGAACAUGACCAAGGCCCUAGUGAUUGAUAAAAUCAACCAGGAGUAUGAGAAGAAUGGAAAAAAUCACCGGACUUCUGCCUUGUCCCAGGACAGACUGGUGGUCAGAAGGGGCCAAUCAUUCAACAUCUCCCUGACUUUCCAACGCAGAGGCUUUGAAGCUUCUACGGAUAGACUCUUCUUCCUCGUAGAGACAGGACCCAGGCCCAGUGAGGCUGUAUUCACCAAGGCCAAAUUUCCCCUCUCUAACUCUCACUCUGAGGGGUCCUGGGAAGCUUCUGUGGUCAGCCAAGAAGGCCAUACCCUGCACCUGGCAAUCUCCUCCCCAGCCAAUGCUCCCAUUGGCUACUACAAACUCUCCAUGGAGAGCAUCACGGGAUCACAGCAUCAUACUUCUACCAUCACUGGAUUUGUGCUUCUCUUCAAUCCCUGGUGCGAAGGGGACUCAGUUUAUAUGGAGGAAGAAGAAUGUCGGCAGGAGUACGUCAUGAAUCAGCACGGUCUCAUUUUCCAGGGGGCCACUGCAUGCAUUGGAAAGAUCCCAUGGAACUUUGGACAGUUUGAAGAUGGUAUUUUAGACAUCUGCAUUGAACUACUGGACAUGAACCCCAAAUUCAUAAGGGAUUGUGGUCGUGACUGCUCCAGGCGUAACAGCCCUAUCUACAUUAGUCGGGUCAUCAGUGCUAUGGUCAACUGUAAUGAUGACAAAGGAGUCUUAUUUGGGCGCUGGGAUAACAACUACAAAGAUGGAAUCAACCCCAUGGCCUGGAUAGGAAGUGUAGACAUCCUGAAGAAGUGGAAGAAGACUGGAUGUUGCCAAGUGAAAUAUGGCCAAUGCUGGGUUUUUGCUGCUGUGGCUUGCACAGUGUUGCGGUGCCUGGGAAUACCAACCAGAGUUGUGACCAAUUACAACUCAGCCCAUGAUUCAAAUGCUAACUUGGUCAUUGACUUGUACACAAAUGAGAAAGGCAUGACCGUGAGGAAUAUCAGUGAAAGUAUAUGGAAUUACCACUGUUGGAUUGAAUCCUGGAUGACCCGUCCUGAUCUAAAGCCAGAGUGCGAUGGUUGGCAAGUUAUUGAUCCAACUCCCCAGGAAAAGAGUGAAGGAACAUACUGUUGUGGUCCAGCUUCAGUCAAAGCCAUCAAGAAUGGCGAUGUGAAUACCAAGUAUGAUGCCCCCUUCGUCUUUGCUGAAGUCAAUGCAGAUGUGGUAAAAUGGAUUAAGAAAAAUAAUGGAACCAUUGAAAAGAUGCAUACUCAGACCACAGCAGUAGGCAUGAUGAUCAGUACAAAGGCUGUAGGCAAGGAUGAGAGGGAAGACAUCACCCAUGACUACAAGUAUCCAGAAGGGUCCAAGGAGGAACGGGAUGCAUUUAAAAGAGCAAAUCACAUGAACAAGCUAGUUCAAAGAGAUGAUAAUUCAUCAAAUGACAAUCUGAAGAUUAAGAUCAAAGUGUCCCCAGACAUGAACAAGGGGAAUGACUUUGAUGUCUUUGCUGUCAUCAAAAAUGACUUAUCGGGGGAGCAAACCUGCCACCUACUGAUGCUGGCCCGGACGAUGAGCUACAAUGGCAUACUUGGGCCUGAGUGUGCCAAGAAAGAAAUGCAUGCUGUAACCUUGGAACCCUUGUCUGAGAAGAAAAUACCACUGAGGAUCAGCUACUCAAAUUAUAGGGACCAUCUGAACGAGAGCAACCUUAUCAAGGUGCGGGUUCUCCUCCAACACCUACAAUCCCAGUCUUUUCUUAUGAGCGAGCGAGAUAUCUACCUGCUGAAUCCAGAGAUCAAGAUCAGGAUCCUUGGAGAACCCAAGCAGUUUCGGAAGCUGGUGGCUGAGCUGUCCGUGAAAAACCCCCUCCAGGUUCCCUUGCAUGACUGUGUCUUUACCGUGGAAGGGGCUGGACUGACCCAGGAGCAAAAGAUUGCUCAUGUCUCUGAACCAGUGGAGCCUGGAAAUAUUGUCACAACCCGAGUGGACCUUAUGCCCCGGUGGCCAGGAUUGCACAAGUUGGUGGUGAACUUUGAAAGUGACAAGAUGAAGGCAGUGAAGGGCUACUGGAAUGUGAUCAUUGGAUAAAAGUUCAACUGAGGAGCCACUGGCUGGCUCUAGAGGGGUGGGGAGCAAACCUCCAUCUCCCCAUGCCCAUCCCAAUUGACACAACUGAGCCUAAUCACACCCUAUAAGACAACUUCCAAGUUUACCCUAUAAAACAUGCAAAUUCAAUCAAGAAUCUUUCCCUUCCCCCUAACAUUCGAGGCCCCAUGGGGGUCUCCUGCAUCAGAAACAUUCUCCAGGUCGACAGGAUCAAAGAUAGUCAGCAGUCAUCUUUGGGAGUCAUAAAAUCUGAGUUGCAUCUUUCUGAUCUAUUACCCUUUCUAAAACCCAGGGCCCCCUGAUAAGGGGCUGUUUUUUAUGUUCCCACAGUCAUAGAGAAGGUCCUUUUCCCAUGACGUACCACCACCAUGACUGUGAUGGGGCAGUCCUGACAGUGGCUGGCGACUGUCAGAGAUAUAAUGCCCUGUCCCUGGCCUGCGACCAUUUUGCUGGAGAAAUAAGACUCCCUCUACCCCAGUCGGGGUCCCCUUCUUGCACCAUCAGGCCAUAGGUCUAGACCAGGAUCAUUCAUUUCAAUCCUCACUCUCCCUCUCAUCCCCAAAACUGGCCUCACCCAGGGAUACAGGGAUCUGCCCGAAAUUGUGCUCCUCUGGCAUAGCCUUAAAAAAAAAAAAAAAAAAAAGUAACAUCAUCUUCAUGAGAAGCAGCACCAUCCCAGGAAAAAGUGACCAAGACUUGGAAGAGUCCUAAACCACCUUAAUAUAUGAAUAUAAGCUAAAGGAGCUAGGAAUUUUUAGCCUAGAGAAGAUUUGAAGAAGAUGGGAUGAUAGUUGUUUUAAAAUCCUCGAAGGCCUAUCAAAAAGAACCUUGGACUUUUUCUACUUGGUUCUGAAGGAUAGAAUUAGGAACAAUAGAAGGAAAUUACACAGAGACAGAUUCUGAUAUGAGCAAAAAAAUAUCUAACCUGUACAAAGUGCCUUUGAAGCCCUGGAGUUCUUUAGUAAUCAACCAAUUAACAAGUAUCUAUUAAGCACCUACUAUGUGUCAGGAGCUGUGCCAGAUUCUAGUUAUACAAAUAAAAAGUGAGACAGUCCCUGUUCUCAAAGAGCUUAUAUUCUAGUGACAGAUGACCACUUGGGAGUCCAGAGAGUUGACCUAUUUCAUUUCCAAACUGUAUCGGACAAUCUCUGUGAACCUGACCAGUAAAUGAGAUUAGAUUAGAUCCCAGCUUUGAAAAUCCAGUUUAGGGGAAAUGCCUAAUUGUUAAAGAAGCAUUUCUUGCUUCUCUCCCAACUUCCGGCCUCUUGUUAGCUCCAGGAUAUCAAGUUUCAGUAAAACAAGAAAGUCAGAAUCCAUAGAUGGGGCACAAAAUCUGGAGAGAGAAUCUCACUCAUGUAGAGGAAUGAUUUCUGUAUUCUCCUGGCUCUGCCAAAAAUGGUUGCCCUGGGCAGAUCGUUUCCCUGGCCUUGGUUACCUGGUCUGUAAAAUAAGAAUAAGAAUUCUCCUCCAUAAGGUUGCUAUGAAGAUCCCAUGAGAAGAUGGCUAUGAAUUCACUGUAAAAACACUGUAAAACACUAUAUCAAUGUGAAAUGGCAUCUAUCUGGAAAAUGGGAGAUGAAGGGUUUUGGAAGCUUCACUCAUGCUUGCUAUUGUUGCUAGGGAAAUAUUCUGGUUUUAAAACAAGAUUUUUAAAUGUUACUCCAAAAUGGUGUUUGAUUCUGCCCAUAGUUUAUAUAAAGCCUUUGUAGUAGAGCGGGCAGGGGACCUUGCUUUUGAGCCUUUUAUGCCCAUCCCCAUGUUGGCACCAACAGCUACUGGGGCAUGGCUAUGUAGUGCAUAUGCUAAAGUAGCCAAAAUAAAGAUCCUAUUUUUCACCUUCAAA